GGUGAGGGAUAGUAAAAUUUUCCGACGAGGAUUGAGAAGAAAGGCAAGCUUGCUCAUCGAAAGCGGCCAGAUAUGACGGAAGGGGGAGUGGCGGAAAAGAGGGUGGAAAAUGGAAAGAGAAAAAGGGAGAAGAAGACGGCGGCGGAGCUCUCUGCUGCUGGAAAUGAACGGAUUAGGGCUUCGCACAUACUUUUAAAGCACGAGGAAUCAAGGAGGAAGAGCUCAUGGAGGGAUCCUGAUGGACGUCUUAUCAGCAUCACUAGCAGAGUGAAGGCGGCUGAGCAGCUCAGGGAGUUGAGGGAGGAGAUCGCCGCCGGCAGGUCCCUGUUUGAGGAUGUCGCCGCUCGGCAUUCUCAUUGCAGCUCCGCCAAACGUGGCGGAGAUCUUGGUCAAUUUGGGAAAGGUCAAAUGCAGAAGCCUUUUGAACAAGCUGCCUUUGCUCUCAGAGUUGGUGAGCUCAGUGACAUUGUGGACACUGACAGUGGCGUCCAUAUCAUCUUGAGAACUGGCUAACUUAUCCAUGGACUAAUAUUUUUAUGAAUACUGUUGUCAUCAUAGCCUUUUUAGUUUUAUCCAUAAACAUAAUUGCCUGAACACUGGCGAUUGUUACUUAUACUGCUGUGGUCACCCUGUAGUUUGUAGACAUAAAAGUUGCAUAUGAGCAUUUAGAUUCAGCAACUGGUAACUUUUAUUGUUUGUUGGAAGGCUUGUUUC